UGCACCAAUUCUCCGGUGUAGAUGCAGCCGUGGGCAAGCUCUGUGCUUUCCUAUUGCACAGGUGAGCCACACCUGAGCCAGUAACCACCUCCUGACGUCAGCAAGGUGUCCCUCCUCCUCCUCCACCACUUCUGGUUUGCUUUGGUCUUUUCGCUUCCUUCUCAUUCUCCUCAUCGUCAUAAAGUCGAAAGAGAGCAAAAGUCAACGGCAGAACUCUUUUUUUCCAGAAACAUCAGACAGGUAGAUCUUGACAAGAGCAGCAACCAUGGCCACCUUGUACCCAUCGCUGGAGGACAUGAAGGUGGACCAAGUCCUCAAGGGCCAGGCUUUCGUGGCUCCGAAGGAGAAUCUUCCGGCACCGGUCCCUGCUGCGGUCACACCAUCGGCUCCCAUGAUGAUAGAAACCCCCAAGGCAGCAACUAACCCACCAAUCUUGUAUCCAAACCUUGCCGAACUCAAUGACUACAUGGGCCUCUCGCUUUCCAGCGAAGAGGUUCAGAGGAACUUGGCACUCGUUCCAGCGGGAAGUGGCGCUGCAGUCCCAGCAUCCUCUGGACCAGGGAUGAUGGUGGCUCCAGUGACAGGAAGCAACCUGGGGAUACGCCGGGCAGAGAUCAAGCCAGGACUAAGGGAAGUCCAUCUUUGCAAGGAUGAACGUGGCAAGACAGGGUUGAAAUUGAGAAACAUCGACAAGGGCUUGUUUGUGCAGCUGGUGAAGGCCAACUCCCCGGCUUCGCUGGUGGGGCUGCGCUUUGGGGAUCAGAUCCUACAAAUCGAUGGGAAGGAUUGCGCCGGAUGGAACACGGAGAAGGCCAAGCGUGCUCUGAAGAAGGCCUCUCCGGAGAAGAUCGUCAUGGUGGUUCGUGACAGACCCUUCCAGCGAACUGUGACGAUGCACAAGGACAGCACUGGCCACGUGGGAUUUGUGGUCAAAAAGGGGCAGAUUAAGUCACUGGUCAAAGGCAGCUCCGCCGCCCGGAACGGACUCCUCAUCAACCAUUACAUCUGUGAAGUCAAUGGGCAGAAUGUCAUCGGCCUGAAGGACAAGGAGGUCACAGAUGUUUUGACCAAUGCAGGCAACAUCAUCACUCUCACUAUCGUCCCGUCAGUGAUCUACGAGCACAUGAUCAAAAAGCUUUCGAGUGGGUUAAUGAAAUCUUCCAUGGAUCAUUCCGUCCCUGAUGCUUAAAGCAACAGAAGACCAUUCCCUUUUUAACACCUCCUCUUUCCUGGCAUGUAAUUCAUAAUGGACUCCAUCAGAAGGACUCUUGCAGCUAUUCUCUCCCUGCUAUUUAGGACUAUUGGGAAGUGAAGGAAGGCAAAGCAACUGCAGCUUAAACCAUUGGCUAAUUUGUUGACCGUAAUAGACAAUUUGAUGCCUAUUUGACUCUUGUGCAUCUUUGGAAAGGUUAUAUCACAGCUUCAAGAUAAAGUUUAAAUAAUUUUCACAAAUGGAGUUUUGAUGUCAAGUACUAGUCCUACAUGUGAGGAAUCGGUGACACUGUGUUUCCCCUCCAAUCCCUGCAUUCUACAAGGGUUGAAUGAAAAGUAAUGCCUCCACCUUCAUAACUCCUCAACAGAUGCCACUACUGGUAUGCAGCAGGCACUGGCUUGUUCAGGAGACUCUCCUCUACAGUUCCAUUUGGCGGGAAGCCUUAGCAUUGAACGGUUGUGUUGUUAAAGUGCGAAGUAUGGAACCCUGUGCAGACGGUUGGUCAAUGUGACUUAAGCAACAUGCAAUCAUUGAAUUCUUGACAGCAGAAGGUGUCAUCCCAAAGGAGAUUCACCAGAGAAUGCAAGCUGUUUGUGGGGAUUGUGUUGAUGUGAGUCCUGUGCCUCAUUGGGCGAGUAAGUUUAAAGAUGCUGAGGUGGGAACAUCUGACUUGCGUGACAAACAAAGAGUUGGACGUCCUGUGACAGCAACCACCGAGUUUCACAAGCAAAAGGUUGACAAAUUGAUUCAGGACGAUCGUCAUAUCACUCAGAGAGAAAUUUCAAGCAUAAUCGGCAUUUCACAAGAACGUGUGGGCCACAUUAUUGCUUUGCUUGGCUAUUGGAAGAUCUGUGAGAUGCUGGUUGCGGAAACAGAGUGUUGACUUCUUCUGUGAUGGCUUCAAAAAACUUGUUCAUCGUUGGCAGAAAUGUAUCCAAUUGUCUGGUGAUUACAGUAGAGUCUCACUUAUCCAACAUAAACGGGCCUGCAGAACGUUGGAUAUGUUGGAUAAUAAGGAGAGAUUAAGAAAAAGCCUAUUAAACAUCAAAAUAGGUUAUGAUUUUACAAAUCAAGCACCAAAACAUCAUGUUAGACAACAAAUUUGACAGAAAAAGUAGUUCACUACACAUUAAUGCUAUGUAGUAAUUACUGUAUUUACGAAUUUAGCACCAAAAUAUCACAAUGCAUUGAAAACAUUGACUACAAAAAUGCGUUGGAUAAUCCAGAACAUUGGAUAAGUGAGUGUUGGAUAAGUGAGACUCUACUGUAUAUGGAAAAGUGAAUAGUGGUAGUUAAAGAGCACAUUCUAAGGAUUAUUUCUGUGUUUGAUUUAUUAAAAUAUUCCCAUCCAAAC